UGUUCAGGUCCCCACACCUCUUUCAGCAGUUACUCCCUUUAUCAUCUUCUUGGGUCAAAACUUUUGAGGUAGGCUGGGUUUCUAGCUGCAGGGGAGAGGAGAGACUGGGGAGCACCGGGUGGUGGCGUUUCAGCACCUCGGCCAGCGCCCGCCGCAGCUAGUCCCAGCCUCCUGAGCGCGACUCCCAGCUCUGAGAAUGCCUGCGGAAUGAUCGCCCCCCAGGGCGGCUGCCGCUACUGCCGCUGCUGCCACCGCCUCUGCCUCCACUCUGCUCUGACUGGCAGGCAGAAAGUGCAACGGAAGAGGGAAAGGUCUCCGCAGUGAGUGGAGUGUCUACAUAAAACAGAGUAAAGAGGGGGCAAAAACCCAGAUCAGAAUGCAGGCGACGUCCCGCCUCCUCAAUCUCCUGCUGCUGGCUUUACUUGCUGGAUUAGACCCUUCCAAGACUCAGAUUAGUCCCAAAGAGGGGUGGCAAGUGUACAGCUCAGCCCAGGACCCAGAUGGGCGAUGCAUUUGCACAGUGGUUGCUCCAGAGCAAAACCUGUGUUCCCGGGAUGCCAAAAGCAGACAGCUUCGCCAACUGCUGGAAAAGGUACAGAACAUGUCCCAGUCUAUAGAAGUCUUAAACUUGAGAACUCAGAGGGAUUUCCAGUAUGUCUUGAAAAUGGAAACACAAAUGAAAGGGCUAAAAGCCAAGUUUCGGCAGAUUGAAGAUGAUCGGAAGACCCUAAUGACCAAGCAUUUUCAAGAGCUGAAAGAGAAAAUGGACGAGCUCCUGCCCCUGAUCCCAGUUUUGGAGCAGUAUAAAACGGAUGCAAAGCUCAUCACACAGUUCAAGGAUGAAAUUCGGAAUCUGUCAGCAGUCCUCACUGGGAUUCAGGAAGAAAUUGGUGCCUAUGACUAUGAAGAACUUCACCAAAGGGUCCUCAGCUUGGAAACCAGACUUCGUGACUGCAUGAAAAAGCUAACCUGUGGCAAAUUGAUGAAAAUCACAGGCCCCAUUACAGUCAAGACAUCUGGAACUCGAUUUGGCGCUUGGAUGACGGAUCCUUUAGCAUCUGAAAAAAAUAACAGAGUCUGGUAUAUGGACAGUUAUACUAACAAUAAAAUAGUCCGUGAAUACAAGUCAAUUGCAGACUUUGUCAGUGGAGCUGAAUCAAGGACAUACAACCUCCCUUUCAAGUGGGCAGGAACUAACCAUGUGGUCUACAAUGGCUCGCUCUAUUUUAACAAAUAUCAAAGCAAUAUUAUCAUCAAAUACAGCUUUGAUCUGGGGAGAGUACUUGCCCAGCGGAGCCUGGAGUAUGCUGGAUUUCACAAUGUGUACCCUUACACAUGGGGAGGAUUCUCUGAUAUCGACCUAAUGGCUGAUGAAAUCGGGUUGUGGGCUGUGUAUGCAACUAAUCAGAAUGCGGGCAAUAUUGUCAUCAGCCAACUUAAUCAAGAUACUUUGGAGGUGAUGAAGAGCUGGAGCACUGGCUACCCUAAGAGAAGUGCAGGUGAAUCCUUCAUGAUCUGUGGGACUCUGUAUGUCACCAACUCCCACUUAACUGGAGCCAAGGUGUAUUAUUCCUAUUCCACCAAAACCUCCACAUAUGAGUACACAGACAUUCCCUUCCAUAACCAGUACUUUCACAUAUCUAUGCUUGACUACAAUGCAAGAGAUAGAGCUCUUUAUGCCUGGAACAACGGCCACCAGGUCCUGUUCAAUGUCACCCUGUUCCACAUCAUUAAGACUGAAGAUGACACAUAGGCAAAUGUAAUUUAUUUUCAUCUAUCUACUCUGUCAUUUGUGAUAAACUCUAUACAACCCUGUGUGUUUUUUUCUCCUUACUGACUUUUCAUCAUUUCUCCAAAGCAAAGCAUUUUAUUGUAUAUUUGAUGUUUCAAAAAAGUUUGUGCAAGUUAACAUGUUGGAAACACAUCUUAACUCCUACAUUUCCAAGGCCUCUUAUGUCCUUGUCAUGAAAAGCACUAAAAGAAUUUAAGUAGCUAGAGUUAUAGUUUUGGAAAAUAUUAAUGAUCUGCCUUAUAUUAGAGUCGGACUAAUGGUGGCUUAAAUGCAUGAAUGUCUUUUUUUAACCUUUUCUUUUUUUUUUUUAACUGUCAUUUGCUCCACAUCCAGAAAUAUUUUCAUAGGAAUUAGGGUAAAAUAAAAGCACUUUCGCCCCCAUUGAUUUCUAUGAAAAGUUUAAAGAUUUUAUUUAUAUGGAAAAUACUAUCAAUCAUUUUGCUGUUGACAUGGUUCUGAGAUGCGGUGCUGUACAUUAAUUUUUAAAUCUCUUGCUAACAUUUUCUUGGCAAUAUGUAUUUCUACCACUGUAACCACCAUCCUGAAAUUGUAUUUCUUCAUUUCUGUGAAAGUAGUAUUUUUUAUAAAAGACACUGAAAUUUAAUCUCAGUAAUUAUUCAAGGCAAUUUUCAAGUGUAGUCAGGAAGGAUCUUCUUGGCUUACCCCUUCACUUAAGCAUUACAA